AUGAUCACCGUCAUCACCGAAGACGAUCGUACCUUUGCCAUCGAUGUGGACGCUAGCAUCGAGAUAGAAAACCUCAGGGCGCUCUUGGAGGUCGACUCAAACAUUCCAGCAGAUCAACAGCAGCUCUUACACGGUGGCAGGCCGCUCGACGAUGCAAAGGCUACACUUGCUAGCUGUGGAGUACAAAACGAUGAUUUGCUCCUCCUCCGAGAUCGCCGCGCGUCUUUGUCUACCUCUGCCCAUGCCGGAUCCUCCUCCACCUCGCCCGGUGUCACAGCUGCGUCUGCGUCUGCGUCUGCGUCUGCAUCUGCGUCUGCAUCUGCAUCUGCAUCUGCGCCUGCACUGGCUUCGGAAGAACAAGCAGCUGAACAACUGCGCCAGCAGAUUCUCUCGGAUUCAGCAGCGCUCUCGAUGCUUCGCACCAACAAUCCGCAACUAGCCGACGCUGCCGUCAAUUCAGCUAGUCGUUUCCUGGAGCUGCUUCGUGCACAGCGCGAUGCCAUGAAACACUCUGGUACAGCCGAAGCAGGUCUCGACGAUAUUGUUGACGAGUUCGACAUCGAAGCUCAAAGGCGGAUUGAGGAAAACAUUCGUCAACAGCGCGUCAUGGAGAAUCUGGAACACGCUAUGGAAUACUCGCCCGAAUCGUUUGGUCGCGUCACGAUGCUUUACGUGGACUGCAAAGUGAAUGGCACUCACGUCAAGGCGUUUGUGGAUUCGGGCGCUCAGGCGACCAUCAUGUCGCCCGAAUGUGCAGAAAAGUGCGGAAUCAUGCGGCUGCUCGAUACGCGCUUCGCGGGCAUUGCGCGCGGCGUGGGCACAGCCAAAAUCCUCGGCCGGGUGCAUUCGGCACAGCUGCAGCUCGGCACACGCCUCUUUCUGCCAUGUAGCUUGACCAUCAUGGAGAACAAGGGCGUAGACAUGCUGUUUGGCUUGGACAUGCUCAAGAGGUACCAGGCGACAAUCGAUCUGAGCAACAACGCGCUCGUCAUCAAUGGCGAGCACAUCCGAUUCUUGGACGAACACGAGUUGCCCACCAAGGCCAACCAAGAGUACGAGCCGGACCAACACGGAAACCUCGUACCGGUCAAUCCACACCCAGCGCCGUCAGCGUCCACUUCGACAUUGGGUGCAGCGAGCGCCAAUGCGAAUGCUGCUGCCGCUGCCGCUGCAGCGUCAGCGUCCAAGGUUCCGGCGGCUGGACAGUCGAUUGGUGCCAGCACAGGUACAAGCACACAAGCUGACGCACAGCAUUUCGACUCGCAUGGCUGGAGCUUCUCGCAUCCGCACUCUCAGUCUGUGCAGCCUACCAGCUCCUCGACCAGUCGUUCAGAAGCAGCGCCCAGCGUAACAAGGCCGAGUGCAGCUUCAGCGUCCAAGUGGCCAGCCGAGUCGAUCAGAGCCUUGACCGACUUGGGAGCUACAUCGCGCCACGCUGCGUCGCUGUUAGAUGCUGCACAGGGAAACAUAGAGGUAGCUGCCAGUUUGCUCUUUCAGCAGUAA